ACUGCAGAGAGACACGUAAGGGACAGUAGCACAGGACACUGGAACAUAGAUUUUGUGGCAGUUGAAGUGCUGACAGUUUUAAUGAUUUUUCCACAACGACACGGCCUUUGGUCUGUACCUCAUUUGGUAUCUAUAUAUACAAGUCAAAUGGGAUAACUGAAUCAUCAUUUCCGCAAUUGUUUGCUUAAAAAAGGAAACUUUUUUAUGCCAUAACAGCCCAGCAAGUCAGGAAGGCAGAUUUCUUCUGAUAUUCUUGAAAUUGUGAGAGGUUUUGAUUUUCUUCUGAUUUUGAGAAUUUCUGUAACGAUCACAUCUGGGUUUUGUUUGGAUUCCUUGAUAGAUUCAUCGAAAGCAGAAAAAAAAAGAGUGAGAAGAAUGCAACAGGUUUGGCACACUGAAGAAAGCAGCAAGCUUGGAUCAGGGGAAGGAAACUAUUCAGGUUGCGAGGGGUUGAUGGUUAUGAGUUCAAACAGUAAAAUUGAUCGGAUGGAAGAACUUGAGGAUAUGGUGAAUCAGAAAUUGAACAGUAUGAUCAGCCUAGUGGAGCAAAGAUUCGAGAAAAUUAAUCAAAGAAUUCUUGCCAUUGGUCAAACGGUACAGAAACUUGAAGUGGUUGUGGAGAAGCUUUUGGUUAGAUGUAGGAGUAAUCUUGAGAAGACAAUACAGGACACCAAACAAAGAUGCAUGAAGUUAAAAUUCAACAGCAAUAUCUCUGUUCCUAUUCUAACUGGAGAGCAAAUCAAAGGAGAAGGAGGUAACAAUUUGCAACUGUCUCUGAUUGAUAAUUGUACAGGAGCAAUUGUUGACUCUGUACGGGAAGCCUCUGCUCAAGUGGAAAUAGUUGCUCUUGAGGGAGAUCUAGAUGAUGAUGAAGGAGAUGCUUGGACAACUGAAGAGUUUCAAAGUAAAAUUGCUCGAGAUAAGGAAGGAAAAAGAUCUGUUCUUACAGGAAAGUUGCAACUAAAAUUGAAUAAAGGAAAUGUGUCUUUAUCUGAUGUUAAGUUUAGAAGUUCUAAACGCUAUAAUGGUGGCAUCUUCAAGCUAGGGGCUUGGGUUGUUGAUACUUUUGAUGGCGGUCAAGUACUAGAAGCGAAGACAAAAUCUUUCCAAGUCAAUGACUAUCGCAAAAAAUAUAACCAGAAGCAUCACCCCCCUUCUGCAUCUGAUGAGGUUUGGCGGUUAGAGAACAUUGGGAAAGGUGGACCUAUCCAUGAUCGUUUGAAGGGGGCAAACGUGAACUAUGUGAAGGAUUUCCAGACUAGACUCUUAGAAGACGUUGAAGAACUCAAAUGCCUAGUAGGUCUACCUGCAAAGAAGUGGGAGGCCACAAUGAACCACGCUCAAGCAUGCAUACCUGAUAAUAUAGUUGGACAGGUUCCUCCACUAGCUGAUGCUUGCAAUGUGUCAGUAGCAUCUGGAGAUGAAGACAAAGGAGUCUCUUUUGAUGUUGGAGAUCCUCUUCUGCAGAUCAUUUCUCCCUCAUCUAAUAUUGUGGAACUUCUAAGUUCUCCAAGGCUAGAACAUUUUAGGGGCCAAGAUACUGUGGCCACUGAAAUGGGUGAAUGUGAUCCUACAAUCUUGAACAACUCUUUUGAAUGUACCCUUUCUUCUAUCCAUCACACUAGUUUUGGUAAAGUUGAAAGUCGUAAUACUAAUCAUACUGAUAAUGUGGAGAUCAUGAAUAGGUUGCAUUCAAGUUCACAGGGUCUGGAAUCUUUUUCCCCAAGCGAUAGUCCAGAUAUCGACUUCGAUGAACUUAAAAACUGGCUAGACGAAGACCCUGGUGUGGGAUCAUGUACCAGCCACGAAAGCCCAGACCUUGCUGCCAGGUUUAUGAGACCUGAGGCUGGUGCUGCCAAUGACCGGAAGAAGAGUUGGACCUUAUUGUUUACAGUCUCAAAAUGGUUCUCAAGAAGAAAACGAACAGCAGCUUUUGAGGGGAAUCAUAUUCAGAAGAAGCAAAGAAUCUGUUACUGAGCAUAGUUUGCAUAGUUUGCCUAGAACAUUAGACUCGAUAACUGUUGGAUACUACAUGGAAAACUUGUAUAGAGUUUGAAUACUUCUAUGAUCAUGGAUGUAGAACUAUAUUAGGAGUAGAGGGAUAUCUUCUGACAAGGCUUGAAAGAAACGUACAAGACGGCAUCGUCAGAUAUGGUUCUUGCAA